AUGUACGCAGUUCCGGAUGGAGUGUAUCAUCCCAAAUCAUCCACUCGGGAGGCAGAAAGGGGUCAAAAACGGAAGGGAGUCGACAAGGCUUUGCACCAGAUUGAGCAGGCAAUCAAGAAGUCUAAGAAUGCCACCACAGAGGAGCAACUUGAAGAUCCUUUAAAAAUCGUUUCCCAUCUACAUGAUUUACUUGAGAAGGCGGAAAGACAGCUUGCUAGUCGAAAAGCAGAUCAACCCCAUUCUUCUGAAAGUAUUUCAACGCCUUCCGACCUGACCCAAUCACAGCAACCUCAUUCAACAACACUUAACACGGAUGACGGGCCCGCACUUGAUGAUGCUGAAAACCCUCUACAACUGCUUGCUCGAGCUUCAGAUUUGCAGCUGAUGCCCCCUACAAUUGGCCGAAAUCUACCCUCAAGUUCACCCAUUGCAUUGUCGUCACCCGGAACGACUGUAUAUUCGAAUCAUUCCGCGCGGGCCGUUGAUUCUUUCUUUGUACCCAUCAGGGCGAGUCUAGAUGUCGGGCCAGAGCUUGACCCUGUAGACAUCGGCCUGAUCACUUUUGAGGAUGCUAAUAAUCUUUUUGCUUUCUUCUACGAUCAUCUAUCACAUACACGUUGGGGCUUUGAUCCAGCUAUUCACACGGUUUCUUUUGUACGAGCCCAGUCAUCAUUCUUAUUCACAUCUAUCUUGGCUGCCUCAGCCUCAUUUCUUCCAUCUACAGAAGCACUGUCGAGGCGACUCUUGUCUCACGUGAAGGUCCUAGCACAAAACGUUAUUGCUCGCCGCCAUCGGUCUGUUGAGAUUGUGCUCGCAUUCAUGGCAAACAUCCCCUGGAUGGCCCCAGGUAAAAGACUCGGGGAUGAUGAUACCUGCUUGUACAUUGCUAUGGCACUAAGCAUUGCACUUGAUUUAUCGUUGAAUAAAGUGGCAACAUUACCGCGAACAUCGACUGGAGGCCAAUUUUCAAGAGGGGAUUGUAUCGAUGCCCGAAGAGCUCUUUCAAUGGACGGAUUUGAAGACGUGGAAGCCAGCUCGGAGUAUGGUCGCAGAUUGCUUCGUCGAAGAGAAAGGACCUGGAUCGCUCUAUUUGUUGUCGAAAGGGGAGUAUGUUUGGCUCGUGGGCGGAGCUAUUCAGUACCCGUUACGGCACUUUUAGAAAAUUGUGAUAAGUGGCACUUGUCCGAUAGGGAUAUCGCAGACCCGCGGGACGGACAGAUGAACUCCAUGGCUACACUGCGGAGAGAUCUUGAUGAGCUUCUUCGCAAGGUCCGACGUGCAUGCGACGACUAUCGCAUAAGGGAAAACGGAAUUAAUGUUGCUCGCUCAAUUGAAUCGAUGAUUGAGAGCUUUUAUGACUCGUGGUUUGCCGUGUGGGCUCUUUCUAUCAGUGAAGGCGAUUCACAAUCCCUACCGCCAUACGUCGAAAUUCUGGUCACGCAUACGCGACUUUCAACAUAUAGCAGUGUCAUGAACCACCCAACAGCUCCGACAGAAGUCCGGUCUUUUUUCCGGUCCGAAGCCUUGUCGUCCGCUCUUAACGUUAUGCGGACGGCUAUUCAGGGAGAGUCGCGACUCAAGUCUAUGCCCAACAAUACUGUGAUUAUGAUCGCAUUUGCUGCUUGUUCGGCUCUGAGUCUCGGGCUAGCGAAAAGAAACCAGAAUGAUAACCGGCUUGCACCGAGUGUUUUGAAUCUUAUCACAGAAACCGCCGAUGUUUUGGAGAGAAUUGGAGCUACACCACGUCACCGUAAUGGCGCAUCAGUUCUAUACGGUCGAUUUUUACAUGAGCUUGUUGCCCGAGCUCGUGGUCAACCUGACAGUUAUUAUACACAACAGCAGCAGCAACAACUGCAACCACCACUGCAACCGUACCAGGCAAGCAGAAAUUAUAACACCACCGACCCCCGCACCUUUUCACAAGAAUACUUACCACCGCCGAACAUUUCGCCUGCAACUCAGUAUUCUCUAGCCCCCCCGCUACAAUUCUCCUCCAUGUCUGGAGAUCAGAUCGCCGACGCUGUGAAUAGUGUCUCGUUGCCAAUGGGAGAAGCGGGGACUCUACUACCGGAUUAUCAGAAUUUCCCGCUGAAUGAGAUGAUGCUCUGGGAGUGGUUUGACAAUACGAGUGCAGCUGAUCUGAGUUUCAUGUAGUGUUAUCAGCCGGGCGAUCCUGUAUAUAGAAACAAUGGAAGAGCAACUCUUGAUAAAUAAUAGUAUGAGUCCCCUUGGG